AUCAAAUUUUCAUCAACGCCAUGCUUUACAGAAUGGAGAAAAUGUAACGCAGGCCUUGGAUUUCAUCUUCUCACGAUGCCAGUCAGCCUGUCGCCGCGACUCGAUGAUAAUUUGGACACGGAUGAUGAGCUGGAACCUGCCAAUACGGACCCAAGAUUCGAAUGGGGCUUCGGCAGUUUGACCCUCGAAGCCGGAGAGCACGCUGAGCACGACUUCCACAAGGACGACCGAGCGUUUGCAAACACGCCAGAUCCAGGCGCUUCGCACAAGAAGAAACGACAGCGUGAGAGUGAUGCCGCUUUCGCUUUGGUUGAGGAUUUUGAGUACAAGACUGUAGCCGACGGCCACGCAUUCCGCUUGGUAGAAGUGCAUCCGGGCACUGGAUCUAGCCCCAUUGAAUGCACGCUGAGCUGGGAAGACUCAAAGCACCCGCAGAGAUCCUACUACUGUCUGAGCUACUGCUGGCAGACCGUGGAGCGCACUUCAUCAAUACUUCUUGAUGGCUGCCGCUUUCCGGUAACGAAGAACUUACUCUGCGCAUUGCAGAAUUUGAGGAAACCUCGCAAGCCCCUACUGAUUUGGAUUGACCAGAUCUGUAUCGACCAGCACAAUGACCAGGAGCGUGGUCACCAAGUUUCGAUCAUGCGAUUGAUCUUCAACCAGGCACAUCAGGUCUAUAUCUGGCUUGGUGAGCACGAUGAUCGCAGUAAGCAGUUGUUCGAAUAUGCCGAGAAGAAACGCAGUGGCGACGAUAGUCCGAGGCGUGUCCUGAAUCGUCUGCUCAGUCGAAAGGAGUUGCGGGACGCCAUCGAGCGACUGCUAGAACGACCGUGGUUUCAACGUGUCUGGGUGUUGCCCGAAGUCGUCUUGAGUAAGCAUACCAGAGUCGUCUGUGGCCGUACACGAAUCAGCUGGGACAACUUCGUUAGACUGAUUCGAGACGAACUACCAACCCCAUCGCCUGGCUUCAAGAAGCGCAUGUCGCUGCUCGGCAACUCGCGACAACGACUGGCGAUCAUAUCGCAAAUGAUUGCCAGCCAGAAAGAGGCACUGGCGCACACGGACAUCACACAGCUUCUCAUUCUUGGCAAGAGCAGUAAAGCGACCGACCCUCGAGACAUGGUCUAUGCGUUCUAUGGUUUGACUUACCUCACCACGGCAGUGAAUUAUUCAAGAUCGGCAGAAUGGCUUUUCAUCGAAGUCACGCACAUGUACAUCAACGCGCUUCAAUACGAAGCCUCGUACGACUCUGCGCAUAAUUUGACUGACCACCAAAAGACCUUUCAGCUCAUGAGCAUAUUGUACAGCGCUGGUGCCCUCCACCAGCAUUAUGAGCUGCCAUCAUGGAUUCCAGACUGGACAUACUCGUGGCACAUCGCACCAGUCUGGGCUUCGGGCAUUCCCAACUUCGUUCCUGCCUUUGGCAAGGAUGAAUGGACGACUGGUAUACGAAGUGAACAUCGCGCUGGUGACGACAAACUGGAGACGUUUGAAAUACUGGAAGGAAGUCGCGGACAAUUGAGGAUAUCGGCGCUCAUAUUCGACAAAAUCCUGCUCGUUGACGAACUCACCCCUGCGUCAACGCCCGCUGCCAGCCAGGAAAUCUCUCGCCCAAGCAGCGCUGGCCACGAUUCACCUGAGAUCCGAUAUGGGAGACAUUUCUUCACCACCAUCAAUGGCCACGUGGGAAUGGCGACCCCUGGCAUCGUAGCUGGGGACGAAUGCGCGAUAUUGUUGGCGGGUGAUGUGCCUGUCAUUUUGCGACCUUGCCCGGACCCAGCAAGGAAGAGCAGAAUCUUCAAGCUGCUUUGUGAGUGCUACAUACAGGCUCCCGCGGUCAUGUCUGGCGAUCUACUGCGCAACAAUUGGACCAAUGCCGAAGACAUUGUGCUGAUUUGAAAAUGCUCUAUGCCCUCGUCCCAGUCAUCAUGUUUGACACAUGGACGUUUGUUCAAUUUGAGAGCGAUCGCAUCUCAUGCGGCUAUCAGAUCCGGGUCCAAUGAAUAUGCACAUGGUUUGCAACAUGAAACACAGACAAACGGAACAGUCGCACUGCCUUGCAGAGCACGAAUCGGUACGGCCCAGAUUCGCGGUACUCCUGCCAGCCAUCGGUUUCUCACUGGCCGCGCUCCGCCCGAACGCUCCAGAUGCCGUCACGUUUACAAUGCGGGUCGCACAAGGCCAACUCCCCGGCUCGAGCCAGGCGCAUUCCUCAGAUGUGUGUGGCCCGGCACAUCUGGCUGCGCGCAGCCGAUAUGAGCGGGAGUUGUGUACGGGGGCCGCGUGCCG